CGCCUGAUUUGUCAGAGCCCGGAGACUAGACAGUUGCAUUCAGAACUUAGGAGAGUGAGAACCGUUGAUAGUGUGUAGACUGUAGAGAAUGCUUUUCACCUCCGCAAUUAAGAUAUCUCAGCAACCGUUACUUCCUCACCCUGUGUGUCGCAUACCUUGCUCUCAUUGGUAGAGAGUAAGGGAUUCUGGGUCACGAUUGGCACGAGCAGAAUGGAUAGGCGGGGUUUGGGCGGAGAAUGAUGUGGUAAGCUCUGGAAGAUUCCUCCGCCCGCCAUAUAAAUAGGGAGGGGGAAGUGGCUAUAGCUGAACUGUAGUCUAGACGUGCCAGUGAGGAGGUGACUAGAGUGACGGCCUUUUGUUGUUGACUGGCGAUGGGGAAGGACUAUUACCGCAUAUUGGGCCUGUCCCGCGGGGCAACCGAGGACGAUAUUAAGAAGGCGUAUCGUAAGCAAGCGCUGCGCUAUCAUCCGGACAAGAACAAGGACCCUGGGGCCGAGGAGCGGUUUAAAGAAAUCGCCGAGGCAUACGACGUGCUGAGCGAUCGUAAGAAGCGCGAGAUCUUCGACAAGUUCGGCGAGGAGGGACUAAAGGGAGGUGGUCCCAGCUGCAGUGGUGGAGGUCCCAAUGGCACUUCAUUCACUUAUACCUUUCAUGGAGAUCCUCAUGCCAUGUUUGCAGAAUUCUUUGGUGGGCGGAAUCCUUUUGAUACUUUUUUUGUCCAGCGGAAUGGAGAUGAAGACAUGGAUGUUGAUGACCCCUUCACAAAUUUUCAAAACUUUGGUAACAUUGGCUUUUCACGUGUCCGUGGGGGCCCUGAAAACAUGCGUAGAAAACAAGACCCUCCCAUCACUCAUGAAUUGAGAGUAUCCUUGGAGGAGAUUUACUCUGGAUGCACCAAGAAAAUGAAAAUUUCUCACAAACGCCUCAAUCCAGAUGGGAAAAGCACACGUAAUGAGGAUAAGAUUUUAACAAUUGAAGUCAAACGUGGCUGGAAAGAAGGAACAAAGAUUACAUUCCCCAAAGAAGGAGACCAGACACCAAACAACAUUCCAGCUGAUAUUGUCUUUGUUUUAAAGGACAAGCCACACAACACUUUUAAAAGAGAUGGGUCUGAUAUUGUAUAUUCGGCCAAGAUCAGCCUCCGUGAGGCUUUAUGUGGCUGCACUGUGAACACGCCAACCCUAGAUGGUAGGACCAUACCAAUGGUUUUCAAGGAUGUCAUUAAACCUGGAAUGAAGCGAAGAAUUCCUGGAGAAGGCCUUCCAUUACCCAAGAAUCUAAGCCAGCGAGGAGAUCUCAUUAUUGAGUUUGAUGUAAGAUUCCCAGACAGAAUUCCACAAUCUUCAAAAAGUGUCCUAGAACAGAUCUUGCCAAUAUAGUAAGAUGGGCAGAACUGGACUGCAGUACCUCCAAAACAGAGGAUUUGGAACUGGAAUCAAGAUUUCAGAGACUUCUUUUGGCGAUGGGUAGGGAAAUAACUUCAUGUUGCUAAAAGAUUUCCAGGAAAUCCAAUCUUGCAAGAUGAAUGUUACACUUCUCAGUGACUUUAGACCCAGGUUAUCAUUGCUCAGAGCACUGAUAGCAAUGAGCAAGUUACCAGUAGAAUGAAUCGACAGAACAUCUUUUAAUAGAGCAUGAGGAUGACAGCCGGUCAUAAUUCCUGCCUUCACAUAAUUGGCUAGCCUUAUUUAGGGCAUACUGUGUAGGUCCUCCAUUGGAAAGAAUGAGAUUAUAAUCUAAACUGGAUUUCAUAAGUAAAUAUUUCAGAUCUCUUG